UCCUGCAUCACGUUGCCGUCUGUGUGCGUCCAGACGCAGCCGCCUGGACGCGCCUGUCAUCUGGAGGAAACUCCUCCCCGCAGACACCGCGUCCUGUCGCCUCUCCAGCGCAAUGGUCUCCUGGAUCAUCUCUAGACUUGUGGUACUUGUGUUUGGUACACUAUAUCCUGCAUACUCAUCUUAUAAAGCUGUCAAGUCAAAAGAUGUGAAAGAAUAUGUGAAAUGGAUGAUGUACUGGAUAAUAUUUGCCCUAUUCACGACUGUGGAAGUGUUUACAGAUAUGUUUCUUUGUUGGCUUCCGUUCUACUAUGAACUGAAGAUCGCCUUUGUGGUGUGGCUGCUGUCCCCUUACACCAAGGGCUCCAGUGUGCUGUACAGGAAGUUCGUUCAUCCCACGCUCUCCUCAAAAGAAAAGGACAUUGAUGAAUAUAUCUGCCAAGCAAAGGACAAAAGCUAUGACACGCUGGUGCAUUAUGGGAGAAAAGGACUGAAUGUUGCGGCCACAGCUGCAGUCAUGGCUGCAACAAAGGGCCAAGGCGUUCUAUCAGACAGACUGAGGAGCUUCAGCAUGCAGGAUCUGUCUUCCUACCAGUCUGACCCCGAUAACAGCGGCUCCGGCACCACGCAGCCUGCAGCAGCACAGCAGCGGACCAGAACUAUGAUGCGCAGCAAGUCAGAGAGCUACAAGGCCGCCUCAUAGAGUCUUAAGGCCUCUCACAAGAUCCAGGAGUGCUCUUUCUUCAAACAAUGAAGCCAUGUGAAACUGUCCUCAAGACUCCUCCAGCUGCCUUCGCUGCAAGAAGUAAAAAAAUUACUGAAUGGCCAAAAGCUACAUGACUGAAGCAGCCUUGCUUUGGAAUAAGGUAUUACCAAAGUGACCUAAGAUGACCCCUCUAUAUACGAUUAUAUAGCUAGUGGCUCAUGAUUUCAAAAAAACUGAGGUUUGUGACACUGAGAUAGAAAAGGUGAGUGAAUGGGCUCCAUGCUGACAGACACUUUGAGUUUGUGGGUUAUUGAAUAUGUAUUUAUGUACAGUAUGUGUGUACUUCAUCGUUAUGAUUUCAUUGUUUUUAUAUAUCAGGUCUGGGUCGACAAUCGCAUGUGUGUCUUCCCGGUCGUUGGUCUGCUGUUGAUUAAACAGAAUGUACUGUCACUGAAAACUACAGCUGGCUCAGAGAGUGACGCUCUCGUUGUAAGAGAAUGUGAGACAAGCCAAGGAUCAAAACUAAAGGCGAGGCUGUUUGAUUGAAUCUUGUCACAUUUGUGGGCGUUUUUUCCCCUGCCCCGAUCACUUAUCACAUCUGAGAAGUUACCUAAAAGCAUUUAACGACAGGACAGCCUGCAUUUGUAGUAUUGAGCAGUCAGACAGCAGUGACAGACACCAUUCUGUUCUUUACCUCUCUCUCUUCAAGCCUUAAAGAAAGAGACAGCAGAGACGUAAAUGUCUCUUCACGUGGUAUUUUCAACACAAUGUUGUCAUUAAAUAAUCACUUUGCACUAUGCUUAGAAUAUAGACAACUGCCCUCGAUGCUCUGAAAUGUCCAAAAAUUAGACGAACAAAUUAGUAGCUGAACACUCUCAUUAAUCAUCUUAUUAUUAUUUCUGCAGUGACGAAGAAAUAAUUACUUCUUAACAAGUAAGAACAUCUCUAUCACAGAUAAAAGAGAGAAAAAUAUCAUCACGUCAGAGUUUUAUCACUGGAGCAGACUGUUUUUGACAAUCUACUGUUCAGUUUCAUGGCACGCUUUGUCAUUUAGUUCAUAAAUUAUCUGGCAGCGUAAUAAUUUAUGAAAUUAUUACUUUUAAGGCCGAUUAGGGACGAGUCACUUUUAGGUGUAGCAGGAAUGGGUUAUUACAUGAGUAAAUAUUUACUGUAUAGAAACAUGGUUCUUUCUCCAUGUUGAAAUCACUGUGUAAUGUUCUGUUGUUAACUGAGCAACACUAAACCCAACGCUCUUACCUUUACUCGCUUCUGCUAUUUUUUUAAGGACUUCAUGAGAGUGAAUAUAUUGGUUUGCAGGUUUACAAACUUCUAUAUCGGUUAAUAGUGCGUAGCAAUGCGUCGUAUCUUGUCAACCUGUACUUUAUUGACUGAGCCUGAACCUUGGCAACGACGUGCACAAAACACCAGUGUGUCGGUCGUUGACGGGUGGACUCGUGCAGUAGAUUUUCCGUCAUUGUAUCAUUUAUGGUGGUUUUAAGUUUGAAACAGAAGCUUCUCAGGUACAACAGUUCUGUUUACACUUCAUUCACUCUGAUGUUGUAGAUACACUUAUUAUGCACAUGAAAUGUCCUUUUAAUGGAUAAAUGGUGGAAAAAAAAACAGGAAAAAUCAAAUUAUGUGUUUAGUAGUAUCAGUGUUAGUGCUGGAGUUGAUUUCCUUUGAUUAAAAUUCUUGCAAAGUAAAACUGAGGAAAAAAAAACACACGUGGCUAAGUUGCAGAUUUGUAUACUUGUGUGUAGAUUGAUAAACUCAUCACUGCAUGAUGUUUGUUAUUAAUUUGUAUGAAAAACUUCAUUUCUUAAGUGAUUUUGUGUGAAGCUGUUGGCCUCUUCAGACGCCCUGCUGAUGAACAAUGAAUUCUGUUUUUGUUACUUUUGGCUGCUUUAAAAGAACAUUAAACAUCGCGACCAUCAGUUGGCUACACAUACUCACAAAUUAAAUGUCUUAUUUACUGAUAAAUCGACCACUUAAGGCUUUAUUCAUGAAGAGACAUCGCGGUUCUUACUAAUUUAUCCUAAGCAUUUUUUUCUGGCAGGCCAGAAUGUCAAAUUUGAACUUGAUUGUGAAUUAUGAAACAAAAAGCAGUGAUGAUCACAUAAUGGUUUAUGACUAUCAAUUUAGUGUUCCACGAGUUGAAAUAUUUCUGUUGGUUAAAGUCGAUUUACAGCCAUUAAAUAUGAAGCAAAUCUC